GAGAAUGGGAGUUUUCCGCAAAAGCUACAGCAACAAAAACGAUUGGCCAAGAAUAUCCGAGUUCCUUUCUUACAGUUUGCUGGCACAAGCGGACAAUUAUUGAUUGAAGACCUGGUGGAAGGUUUUUAUAUCGUUUUUCCCGGGCCUAAAUUUGAGUUGCCAACGAAACUUAAGAGUAUUGGAAAGCUGAAGACAUGUGUCAGUGUUAUUAAAUCAGUCAUGGAUAUGUAUGUGAAAAUAUGCAAGACCAUAGAAAAUAUAGAAACAUCACAUAAUGAUUUCGACGAUAUUUUCGAUGAUGAUGCAGUCAAGCCUAUCACUCUUAGUAAAUACAAUCAUAUUUGUAAACCGUGGUGGACUCCGAAAAAAAGUUAUCAUCCUGACGGAGGAGGUGGCUUCCUUUGCCCUACUUAG